UGGAUCGGAGGCCCGCGCGGACCUCCAUAUGAAUAUAUCCGGGGUAGAUAUAUUGCACCGAACGGGAGUAGUUUGCAUUGUAGGGGGACGAAGUGAUAUAUUCCUGGGCCCACGCACAUCUCGAGCAUUAUUGAAUCUGUCGAAGCAACGCCUCGCUCGCGACACCGAACCACCAUGGCUCCGCGGCAUAGAAAAAGACUCCUCCUGGGAGCCGUAGCGACAGCACUCCACGGCGUCGUCUCCGCACAAAAUGGCAAUGCCACCAGCGCCGGCGUAAAAUGUCCGGGCGAAUUCAAGCCCCUCUCCGCCUCGGACUUUGUCGAAAACAUGAACCCAGGCUGGAAUCUCGGCAACACGCUCGACGCCGUGCAGGACGAAGGCGACUGGAACAACCCCAAAGUCGCGCCCAGGACCUUCGACGACGCCCAAGCCGCCGGCUUCAAUGGCAUCAGACUGCCCGUGACGUGGGCGUACCAUUUCGAGACGCAGGCGCCGGACUGGACGGUCGAUCCCGCGUGGCUGCAGCGCGUCUCCGAUGUCGUCGACAUGAUCACUCAGCGCGGCUUUCACACCAUUGUCAACGUCCACCAUGAUAGUUGGAUCUGGGCGGACGUUACGGUCCCCGACGCCAACAUCACGGCCAUCGAGGACAAGUUUUACAAGCUCUGGUACCAGAUUGGCGUCAAGCUGGCGUGCAAGCCUUCGACCGUGGCGUUUGAGCCUAUCAAUGAGCCGCCGGGGACGACGCCCGAGCAUGGCGCGCAGCAGAAUCGGAUGAACGAGAUUUUCCUGAAAGCGAUCAAUGAUGCCGGGGGCUGGAAUGGGCAGAGGGUGGUUACGCUGGCGGGGAGUGGCAUGGAUAGCGUCAAGACGAGUUUGUGGUUCAAGGCGCCGGCGGAGCUGGGGACGAGGUGGAAGAAUCCGUGGGCGUUGCAGUUUCAUUAUUAUUCGCCUUACGACUUCAUCUUCUCCGCCUGGGGCAAAACCACCUGGGGCUCCGCCCUCGACCAAUCCUCCCUAACCACGGACCUAACCCUCAUCCGCGCAAACUUCACCACCGUCCCCCUCCUCAUUGGCGAAUGGGCCGCCAGCCCCGUCGCCACCGAACCCGCCGCCCGCUGGACCUACUUCGACUUCUUCCUCCGCACCGCCCGGUCACUCAACAUGAGCACCGUCCUCUGGGACAACGGCGCCGACUUCCUCAACCGCGCCACGCACGACUGGCGCGACGCCGUGGCUCUCGACAUCCUGCGCAACACCGUCAACGGAGUGGGACGCCGGAGAAACGCACUCCCCCUAGCGACCACGGAUCCCGCGGCCACGAACCAGACGAGCUCCGCGUACCUGUACCAUCGGCGUCGCGACGGCAAUGGCGUGGGGCCUGUUACCUUGCCGUUCCAUUUCAACGGCAAUUCCCUCGUCUCGAUUGCAUAUCAAGACUUCACAUUGAAACGGGGGAAUGACUACACCCUCGACCCGGCCGCCGAGACCAUAACCUUCGAAAACGCAUUCCUCUCGUCGUUUUUCUGGAAUAACCCCAUCGGAUCCCUGGGCAACGUGACGUUGCACUUCUCCGGAGGCGCGCACUUGGAAGUCAAUAUCCUCGCGUGGGAUACACCUACCCUGCUCCUUCCCAAUAAUAGUACCUCCAUCGCGCUGCCUAAAACGGGCGAUCUGGCAGACGUGCACAUCCCGCUUCGCUGGGCGGGCCAGAAUCGUCCUGCUACUGUGAAAGCGACGCGCGCGGAUGGGAAGUUCCUCGUGGACGAUUGGACGCAGUGGUUGGGCCCGCUGCAGCAGGGGAGGAUGACGUAUAGCGGGCAGUGGGAUUGGGAUGCCGAGGGUGUCAUUUUGAAAAAGGCCGUUGUCGAGGAGGUGAGGAGGGCGGGUGUCGAGACGACGUUUAGGAUUGAGUUUUAUCCGCGCGUCGAGGGGAAUUGGGUCGAGGUGAGUGUGGUGUCGUAGAAAGAGGAGAGGGGAGGGGAGAAUAAGCGACGGACUUCGAGUUGUAUAUAUUCGGAGAGUUACAGUUCUCUGGUAACAUAUCUUCGUAGUAUAUAUUCGAGAAUAGACGUCUUGCUGA